GAGGGCGGGCUCAGGAGAAGGAGGAAGACGAGGAGGAAGAUGGCGGCCGCCUCGCCUCGCCUGAGGCCUGGACAUGAGAGUUCUCUGGAGCCACCCCUGCCGUGAUGGGAAAUGAACCAGCUUCUAGUCGAUAUUAAGGAUUUUGGAAACCAAAGUGCAGUAAGAAAACCAGUCCUCUAGGAAAAAGGAUUCCUCUCAAGGGGCUGAUCCUGCUGAAUUCCUACAUUCACUUUGGAUUAUAGAGUAGAACCAUAGAGUCGGAAGAGACUGCAUGAGGCACCCAGUCCAGGCCUCUGCCGUGCAGGAAAAGCUCAAAGUAUCAGUGACAGAUGAGCAUCUAGUCUCUGUUUAAAGGAUCCCAAAGGAGCCUCCACUACACUUUGAGGCAGAGAGUUCCACCACUGAACAACUCUUACAGUCAGGAAGUUCUUCUUAAUGUUCAGAUGGAAUCUACCUUCCUGUAAUUUGAACCCAGUGCUGUGAGUAAUCAGAAAGGGAAAAACAAGAAUCAAGUGUCCUUAUUGGAAUUAAAUGUACAUAGCACUGUUGACAUGGAGGAGAAAGCAUAUAAAUGUAUCGAAUGUGGAAAGAGCUUUAGUCAGCAUGGAAAGCUGAAGAGACAUCAAAGGACUCACACUGGGGAGAAACCCUAUAACUGCCUGGAGUGUGGACAGAGCUUUGCUGAUAGUUCAACUCUACGUAAACAUCAAAGGACUCACACUGGGGAGAAACCCUAUAAAUGCCUGGAGUGUGGACAGAACUUCUCUCAUAAUUCACAAUUACAUAGACAUCAAAGGACUCACACUGGGGAGAAACCCUAUAACUGCCUGGAGUGUGGACAGAGCUUUGCUCGUAGUUCAGUUCUACGUUCACAUCAAAGGACUCACACGGGGGAGAAACCCUAUAAAUGCCUGGAGUGUGGACACAGCUUUGCUGAUAGUUCAACUCUACGUAAACAUCAAAGGACUCACACUGGGGAGAAACCCUAUAACUGCCUGGAGUGUGGACAGAGCUUUGCUCGUAGUUCAGGUCUACGUUCACAUCAAAGGACCCACACUGGGGAGAAACCCUAUAAAUGCCUGGAGUGUGGACAGAGCUUUGCUCAUAGUUCAGGACUACGUAACCAUCAAAGGACUCACACUGGGGAGAAACCCUAUAACUGCCUGGAGUGUGGACAGAGCUUUGCUGAUAGUACAGGACUACGUUCACAUCAAAGGACUCACACUGGGGAGAAACCCUAUAAAUGCCUGGAGUGUGGACAGAGCUUUGCUGAUAGUACAGGACUACGUUCACAUCAAAGGACUCACACUGGGGAGAAACCCUAUAACUGCCUGGAGUGUGGACAGAGCUUCACUCAGAAGGGACACUUACAUACACAUCAAAGGACUCACACUGGGGAGAAACCCUAUAACUGCAUGGAGUGUGGACAGAGCUUCACUCAGAAGGGAAACUUACAUACACAUCAAAGAACUCACACUGGGGAGAAACCCUAUAACUGCCUGGAGUGUGGACAGAGCUUUGCUCAUAAUUCAGUUCUACGUUCACAUCAAAGGACUCACACUGGGGAGAAACCCUAUAACUGCCUGGAGUGUGGACAGAACUUUGCUCAUAGUUCAGGACUACGUACACAUCAAAGGACUCACACUGGGGAGAAACCCUAUAAAUGCCUGGAGUGUGGACAGAGCUUCACUCAGAAGGGAAACUUACAUAAACAUCAAAGGACUCACACUGGGGAGAAACCCUAUAAAUGCCUGGAGUGCGGACCAAGCUUCGCUCGUAGUUCACAUCUACGUUCACAUCAAAGUUCACAUCAAAGGACUCACACUGAGGAGAAACCCUAGAACUGCCUGGAGUGUGGACAGAGCUUCACUCAUGGUUCAGGCUUAUGUUCACAUCAAAGCACUCACACUCGGGAGAAAUCCUAUAAAUGACUGGAGUGUGGAGAGAGCUUUACUCGGAGGGGAGACCUAAGUUCACAUCAAAGGACUCACACUGCGGAGAAAGAGUAGAAAUGCAUGAAUUGUGGACAGAGCUUGUCACGGAAUAUCAUUAUAUAUAGACAUCAUAGAAUUCACCCUGGAGAGAAUGGUGUUAAUUGACACCAGAGUGUCAUUCAAACAUGUACAAAAGCAACGCUUUCAAAUUUUGGAAAUGCAGGCUCAAAGUUGGGACAUUUCAUCACAUGUGGUAUAUUGUAGAAAGAUUGAACUAAAACACAGUGUUCCUUCACCUAUCACGGGGGUUAGGUUCCAGGACCAAGAGCAAUAAGUGAAAAUCCGCAAAGUAGGGAUGCUAUAUAUUUAUACACUUGCCUAUUUGGCUUGACUUCAAAACUCUGACUUUGGUUUUGUACUCAUGCAUUCUUGGUUGUUACUUUAUGAACUCUGAUGAAUGAACUCCUGUCACCUGACUGUUGGACUGUGACCUUGGCUGUUGCUUAGUCUUGCUCCUGACCUGCUUCCGUAGUACUUGGCUUGUCUGGGUGAAUUGGAACUUUUGACCUUGGUUUAUGUGCUGCCAUUGCCUUAUUUUAGCCAGACCUUCAAAAGAGGGAUUAUUCCUGGUCUCCAGGCCUUGGAUCCUUUUAGUUGCCCUCUUCCUCUGGACUCCUUCCAGCUUGGAGUCAAUAUCUCUUGAACUGUGGGGCCCAGAAUUGGACACAGUGUGAUUCCAGGUGAAGAGGUCUGACCAAAAGAAAGAGGCACCAGGACUUCCCUCGAUCUGGGCACUCGACUCCUUUGGAUGCAGCCCUGAAUCCCAUUGGCUUUCUUAGAUGCUGCGUCACUCUCUUGGCUCAUGUUCAUCUUGUUUCCAUGAGGACUCCAAGAUCUUUUUCACAUGGGCUGUUGUCAAGCCAGGCAUCACCCGUCCUGUGUCUUUGCAUUUCAUUUUUUCUGCCUGUCGUAUCUUACAUUUGUGCUUGUUGGCAUUCAUUUUGUGAGUUUUGGCCAAUCAGCUCUCUCAUCUGUUGAGGUCACUUUGCCUCCUGAUCCUGUCCUCUGGAGUGUUCGUUCUCCCUCCCAAUCACCAAACAUGAUAAACACACCUUCUAAACCUUCAUCCAAGUCAUUAAUAUAGAGGUUGAACAGAACUGGGCCCAGGACUGAACCCUCUCCGUGGCACUCAACUAGUGGCUUCUUUCCAGGACAAAGAGGAGGAUCCAACAGAGAGAAGCACCCUUUGGGUUCGGUCACUGAACCAAUUCCAGAUCCACCUGAGACUCGCCUUGCCUGGUCCACAUUGGACUAGAAGGUGGUGGGGGACGUUGUCGAAGGAAGGCCUUGCUGGAAUCAAGAUCUGCUCCAUCCACAGCAUUCCCUGCAUCUGCCAAGCAUGUAACUGUUGAAAAAAGGGAUAAGAUGGGUCUGGCAUGACUUGUUUUUGAGAAAUCCAUGCUGACUUUGAGUCAUCACAGCAUUCCUUUCAAAGUCAAUACGCUUUUGGCUUACCUUGUCCUUGUUUAAUAAAUCUCACCCUUGAUACUGGGAGAUCCUCGGACCGCGAGGCCAUCCCUUCUGCUUUUUGUAGAUUUAUCCCUGCUUAGCGUAGUAACGGAGACUGUUUAAGGAUUGUUUUUCUCAAUAUUCUUAUUAUUAGUUUUGCAAAUAUUUCUGUCAACAUUUGCAAAGACUUUCUGUAUAUAUUUCAGAUUUCAAUAUUAAUGUCAAAAACAUAGUAUGAUUUUGCACAGGAUUUGUGCCACGUUAGAACAGUAAACACAAAUAUCAUGUAAGUAAAAUAAACAUUAAAUAACCAAAAAAAGUUGUAAACAUAAAACUAUUUUGGGAAUUUUCAAAAAUAUUUUUGUGAAUAUUUCUAUGAUUAUUUCUAUGAAUAAAUUUAGGAAUUUUUUUGUGUGA